UAUAUAUGUUAACUAGUUUUUGUUUUGCAGGCCAAAGGAAAAAAAGAAGAAAUAUGUUCAGAUCUAAUCGUAAGCCCACAGCCGAAGAAAAAGUUAUCAGCGAAAUUUGGAAAUCCCUCAAGAAAUUACCAUGCAAGAAGAGUUGUGGCUCUUUUAGCCCUGACUAUCAAGAUUCAUUGUCCGAAGCUACCUCUCUCUUCGCAGACCUGGAAACCACGGAAAAAAUUGACAAUGAUCUUGAUACAUUCAUGAAAAUUAUUAAAGGUGUUAUCGAGGAAAUGGGAAAAUCUGAAGAGGUCAAUAGUCAGUUGAUUAAAACCGCUUACAUCAAAGCACUGAAAAAUAGAAAUGACACCGAAGGUGUAAGUGUAGAUCCAGCAUCCAUAUUUCCUAGUUUGAGAACGACAAAUAUUAAAGAGAGAAAAUAGGUCCAAGAAGAUAUAUGUGAUCUGUUUUCAACAUCCAUCUUUUUUAUUUUCACUUUUUAUUCUAAGAUUUUUAAUAUUUUUUCAAUAAAUAUAUUUCUUCACAU